AUGACCCCGAACAUUUUGUGGCUAGACUUAAACAUGAGUCAUCCUUCGGAUUUGCGCGCUUUGUGUUUAGUAGCUGUACCAAACAAUCUUGAAGCAUCCCCAGCUCAUCGGAAUGUUGAGAGAGUAGAUGACACACCAACUACAGAGAGCGGCCGUCUCGUCGUUCUUCCUAAAAAAGCACAUUGCAUCUGGAUGACGUAUGACAUAACAUCGUAUCGUGACCUUAAUAAGCCUAUAAAUCCGUAUGACGUGUCUUGA